CUUCUUCAACAUCUAGUAUGCAUUAUUCUGUAUAGCCAUUUUAGACAUCUAGCUAAAACUUGUGUGUAGCUAGCUUGUAGUUGUUUAGGCAAUUGAGUUUAGAUUGGUGUGAAAGAUUCAAAGAUUGUUUGUCAUGAAAGAGAGGAUAUCAAGGUUUCUUUGGCUUCCUUUUUAUAUGGGGUGUUGGGAUCGAGCAGUUGAAGUAAAGGGUGAUCAAUCAAAACCUGCUGCAACAAUGGAGGGAGAAAGCUCAUCAUCUUCAUCAAUGGUCAAAGUUAAGAAAUCUUGGAGUUUUGAGGCUCCAAGUAGAUCUGAUAUUUCAAAGGUGGUGGAUAGGUUGAUCAGAAUCACAUUCAAAAGUGUUACCCAGAUCUUUGCUUACAAAGACUUUGAAGACAUCGAGAGUGAGACGGAACUGGAAAUAGGAUUACCGACGGAUGUGAAACAUGUCACACACAUAGGAACCGAUGGUACAAUGACUACAAAUCCUGACAACGAUUCGGAUCAUCUUCAACUACCCGAAACACUUUCUUUUCCUUCUGCUACUUUAGAACAACUUUUGCAACAGAUGGCCAAGGUUGAGAAGCGGGAUCCCUAAAGGUUAAUUUGUGACCUAAAUGUAGCUAAAUUCAAUACACAAUAUAUAACAAUUGAGAGCUGAGAUUAUAAUGAAUGUGGAGAAAGAAAGAUGAGAGGAAACUGAUUUGAUUUUAUGGUGAAAUUUGUUUUUUUGUUUUUUUUUU